CUUGUAUCUCCUCUUCUCUCUCACAAAACUGCUUCCACCACCGUCGCCACCCUUCAUAAUGACUUAUUCGCACGAAACGACGCCUAGUACGGACAUUUACGGUCCUGGGACCUUUGUCGAUAAGGCCUUCCUCCCCGCGCCACAGGAUGCCGGUCGCAUCUUCGAGUAUAUCGCCAAGAGCACGCCCGGGUUCACCAAGAAUGAAGAAUUGUGGAAGACAGUCCGAUUCACCGGCAGCGAUCUGCCGGUUAUCCCGGGCCCGACCAAGGCCCCUCUCGUCGCAGCUGCCCUACACGCCAUGUGUGGAGUAGUGGCCCACGAGAUUGUCGAAGAUCGCGAUGGGACCGCUGCCCAUACCCAACAGGUUACGGUGAACACCGACCACGCAGCCAUCUGGCUGGGAACCAUCUUCGCAGCGUCCGUUGAGGGGAAGGACAUGUCCGAGUUGGUUCGGUCGCGCAAGCUCCCGACCCUCUUCGAUCGUGAUUUCGAGAAAGGCUGGCAAUCCACCCCCCUGAGACAACGAUCGACGGCGUUGUACAAGACCAAGACGCCGGGUGUAUGGUAUCAGAUUCACGGCUCUCUGGACGCUGCGCCCGUCCUCCGCGCUCUGGGCAUGGACCCCGAGUACCCGGCGAAGACCUCGGACGAAGCGUAUGAGUACAUCGGCAAGCAUGUCGAGCAGUGGACAGCCGACGAGCUGGAGAUGCUGAACAUCAAGAACGGGUUCUGCGGCAGCAUCUGCUUCACACCGCAGGGGUGGAACGACACGAUGAUGGGCAAGCGACUCGCGGAGCACCCGCUGGUCGGCUACUCGCGCCAGUCGCAUGCUAUCCCGACUCCUCCGGUCCCUUUUGUCAAGGUUGAGAACGAUAAGCGCCCGCUGGUGGGAAUCAAGGUGGUGGAGCUGGUUCGCAUCAUCGCCGGACCUGUGAUCGGCAGCACCCUCGCCGCUCUGGGCGCCGAUGUCAUUCGCGUCAACUGCAGCCGCUUGGUAGACCUUAAUGUCUUGCAACUCACCCUUAAUGCGGGCAAACGUACCAUCGACCUCGAUUUAACCAAGGAGCAAGACAAGUCGCGCCUGCGUGAACUCAUCGAGGACGCCGAUGUCUUUGUUCAGGGCUUCCGUCCCAACGUGAUCGCAAGGAAGGGAUUCGGUGUCAACGACCUCCUCGAGAUGGCCGGUAACCGUGGUAAGGGUAUCGUCUACGUCGAGGAGAACUGCUACGGUCCCGACGGACCAUACCACGAGAGACCCGGCUGGCAGCAGAUUGGAGACGCCGCUUCCGGCUCAUCCUACGUGAUGGGCCGCUCCCUGGGCUUCAAAGACGGGACUAGCGUUCUGCCCCCGCUGCCCAUCUCCGACAUGACCACUGGUCUGGUGGGUGCGUUGGGCGCGCUGAUGGCGCUCCGGGAUCGCGCUCGCCACGGCGGCUCGUAUCGCGUGACUAGCUCGUUGGUCAAGGCCGAUACGAUUAACCUGGAGCCGGAGAUUGGACUCUACUCGCUUGAAAUCGUGCAACGGAGCAAUGAGUUGUUCAAAUGGGGUCACAUCAGCCCUUCCCAGUUCGUGACGGAGAUCUUGCUCGUCGUCAUGGACGGAUGGAAGUCGGUCUUCCCCAAGUACUUUGCUCCUGGGCCUGAUACGCUGCUUACCGGCUUCCAGGAGGGGCCCUGGGGUCGCAUGGAGGUCCUGAAGCCUGUGGUUCAGUCGAGUGAUGCCAGUGUGACGCCUCGCUGGCUGACUGCAUCCGUCCCCAACUGCUACCAUGACCGGAACAUUGAAUGGCUUUAGAUUCGGGGUCGAGGAUCCGUGACG